AUGACUAGGUUGUGUUAUUACUUUCUUCUCAUUAAGCUAGGUCUAGAGAAAAAAUGUCCUCCUACCUCCUCCUCCAACCAUCUGUCUUCCAAUUCCAUCUCCCCUUCACCUUCAAGUAAAGCGUCACCCUAUUCGGGUUCACAUCCUAUCUCCCGUACUCCGGUGACCCCUUCCUCAUCACCCUGGCGAGUAGCACAAAUGCUGGACAGUCCGCCUCCACCAGCUCUACCACCCCGUCGCGACUUUCCCACCAUGUCAUCAAAGCAAGUUACUUCGACUCCACCACCCCCGCCUCCGCCUCCACUCUUCGAGAAUGAGCUUAAUGAUGGGCGAAAGAGAGCCUCAACUCUCACACAAAGCAUACGGGCCUCCUUUAAUACUCUUAGUUGCAAAGGCAAGUGUCGGAAAUUCGCAUUCAUAGGCACAAAAAAACACACAAAAGUUGCGGUUACGAGCAGUCUACAUGACAAAUUCGAUCCGACGACUGAUAACGCCUGCCCUUCAGAUUGUCGCUUUGAUGUCGCAGAGACCAUAUCUAAAGAAACCGCUGAAAAUGAUCUCAACUGCCUUCUUCGACAAUUGGAGGAAGUGGAAAAUACGAUGAAACAAUUGGAAUUAGAUGAUGGAGACUUUACGAGGUCAAAGAGGGCCAGAAUACGAGAUGCAUUGUUGGCACGACUAAUACGCGACCGCAGAGAGCUUCGUCAACGAUUGCAAACUCUUGCAGAAACUGCACAGUCAAUUAUCGUUUCUUUCUCGCAAGAGAAUGGAGAUCUGAAACCUUCUAUGAUUGAAUUCGAAAAGGCGUUGACCACAUUUUUAUCCGACUUGGAUACCUCAUCAGGCAUUGAACUGGACACUCAGAAUCAUGACAGUGAGACCGAGAGCACAGAUACUGAUAUGGAAGACAGUGAACUCGGUCAUAAGGCAGGAAGAGCAACACGUGGUGAAAAACUUGCUGAAUCCGCUAGGACUCUUGACGCCCAAUUACGGGAAUAUGUCUCCGCUCGCUACAGUUUGGCCUCUUCCUCUACUACGGAUCCCAACACCGGUUGCAAUCCAAGUCCUGCUCCUGAUGCGCCCGAACAAUCCGUCUCCUCUCCCAUCCUCCCACCUCCACUCCCUCCUCUCCCCUCAAAUGGAUAUGGAAAUGGAAAUGGAUACAUGGGAUAUAGUAACGGAUAUACAAACCGACCAACAACAGCAGACAACCAGUAUUCUGUUGACAGGGUCACACUACGACCAGCAUUGCUUCCUCAAAAUCUCCCCACAUCCGCUAGACCCUCUUCCCCUUCGGAUUAUGAACUAGCUGAAGAGGCAUUAUUGCCUACUGAGCCCAAGUUUACUCACGUUGUGCCUCAUGACGCCGGUUUGAGUGGUGAUACGCGGUCGGUGAGUAAUCCUUGCCCUAAUUAUGUGUGUUUUAAUAAGAUAACUAAAGCUAAUUUGCAGUUGUAUUAA